GAUAAUCCCGCCGUUACUGAUGGUAAGUGAGAUCUAGGUCAUUUGAAUUGUAAAAAACAAGAGCAAAGAAAUGUGCAAUAAGAUGAUUCUAAGGUGAAAUCUCAGAAUCGUUGUGGAACUGGCAAUAAACUAACAAGUUUUGCUUGUCCCAUAGGCCCACCUAUAACUAUUGGCUGGAACUUCGAGAGAGAAUACACUAUAGAGGUCCGCUUUUACGAGUAUACAAGACGUCGAUCCAGCAGGAACAGACUCGUGAUAUGCCCAAUAAAAAGAACAAAAUGGUAAGGUGUUGUUAUUACGCUUCAAACCAGGGUGAAAGCAUAUUGUUCCACUGAAUCGAACUAUUCACAAUUUUCUGACCUAUCGCAUUGAGUUUCUUUCACUCUAUUGUUCCUUUUCCAAUUUCAGCCUCUUACAUGCUGGUUAUACAAUCGAGGAGAUUGCGAAGUCCAUCGAAACGGCAAACAAAAUCAAGUCCCAACGAAUCAAUUCACUCCGCACAGCUACCGGUAGGCAAGGCCCUCUCGAUUUUAUAAACGGAGCGGUUGUUGCUGGCAAGAAAAGCACGAAAGCGAUUCGAGGCAGUAUGACUGCUGUCAUGGAGGGUAUGAGAACCAAGAAACCUUUGCUGAAGAAGAAACUCUUCACGCCCCCUGCUGGCUAAUAGCAAUGAUAGUCUCCUAAAUUUCAUAGAAUAGAAUAGAUCAUGUGCA